CCACCAGGAGCUUCCCAAGGUUGAUUUCGUCCCCUGGUCAGAGACUAUGGCUUCAGGUGGAGCAGAGGAAGACUCCCCUCUGGACGAUGGAAGUAUCCCACUGGACAUUGACAACGUGCACAUGCUCCUCCAAGUGGAGCAAGAACAGAUUCAGAAAAGGACAUUUACCAACUGGAUAAAUGCUCAACUUGCCAAGAGAUGCCCCCCGUCCUCAGUGUCGGACCUGUUUUCUGACCUUAGGGAUGGAGCACGGCUGCUUGACCUGUUGGAGGUGAUGAGUGACCAGCGUAUGAAAAGGGAAAAGGGCCGUGGGGUUUUCCAACAGAGGGCUAACAUUGAGACAGCACUAAAUUUUCUCAAGAAAAAAUCGGUCAAACUUGUGAAUAUAAACAUCCCGGAUAUCAUAGAUGGACGGCCCUCCAUUAUCCUUGGUCUGAUAUGGACCAUCAUUCUCCACUGUCAUAUUGAAGAGCUGGCCAGCACUCUGUCCUUCAGCUCUCGUCAUUCCUCCCUGGACUCGCUGGCCAGCUUGGACUCCUGGUCUGGUGGCCCAGCCAUAGUGGGUCCAGCCUCAGCAAGUCCCACCCCUCCAGGUCGGACAUCACCCCUCCACAGCCGCUUCCGAAUAUCUGCCAAGAAGGCCCUGCUCAUGUGGGUCAGGGACCAGUGCCAGCGGGCCGGUUGCUCUGUCAGUGUCAAGGACUUCAAGUCGAGCUGGAGAAGUGGAGUUGCCUUCUUGGCCAUCCUCAGUUCUCUCAGGCCGGAGCUGGUGGAUCUGUCUCUGGUUGCGUCCAGGAGCAGACAGCAGAACCUGGAGGAGGCGUUUCACCUGGCCGAGAGGGAGCUCCGCAUCCCCCGUCUACUGGAGCCCCAGGAUGUUGAUGUUAAAGAUCCAGAUGAGAAGUCCAUUAUGACUUAUGUGGCCCAGUUUCUACAGUACUCCAACGACAUGCCAGCACCUGAUGACCAUCUGCAGGCCUCUCCCCAUAAGCGAGCUCAGGAGGUGACUUGCUGGUUAGAAAAAGCAUAUCAGGAGCUGUCAGAGGCGUGGACAGCAACAGAGAAAUCAAGCUAUGCAGAAAAAUAUGAGGUAUUUCAGAGCCUUGCUGGAUCACUCAGUGAGCAAAGGAGGCCAGUGAUUCCCCUCCUUGGGGCCAUAAAACGCAGCCCUGAGCCAAGUAAAGAGCAACAUGCUCUCCGAGCAGCAUGGGAUCGUCUAGAGGAAAAGCUGCAGAGAUGUAAAGCAGAACUGGACCUGGCCCUUCCUCCUCCUCUGGACUUGGUUGUUGUUUGGCUGCAGCAUGCGGAGGCAGCACUAACAGAAGAGGGACAGGCGGCACUAGAUCAUGCGAGUGCUGCUAAAAAAGCAAGAGCCCAACAAGACACACUACAGACUUUGCUUAAGGAGAUGAGCCACCACCUCAACACUCUUCACACCUUCCACAAUGAAGAUGACACUGGUGCUGUAAUUGUGCCCUUUGAAAAGUUUGAGGAGGUUAAAAGAAGUUUAACAAAUGUUCGAGUCACAGCCAAGUAUCAAGGGAUCAAGCUGGAAUACCACGAACACCGCCACACCGUGUUGGACCUCCUUAGUUGCAUCAAGGAAAAGCUGCAUUCCUGGAAAACUCCCUACAGAUCUCAGGAAGCAGUGCAGCUGCUCCUGCAAGACUGGCAUGAAACAGUUGAGCGCCAAGGGUUGGUUUUGAUUCUAAUGGAUGCACUCCAAAAACUUAAGGACAUGGCUAGCACUUACACCAGCAAAGCAGCACUAGGUGACGAUUCACAGCUGGUUGGUCGACAGGUGAAGGAAGCAGAAGGUGAAGCAGCCGUGGUUAUGGAGGCUGUGAAGGCUGUGAGAGGGAGAAUGGAGAGAGUACUUUCUGCUUGGGAGGCUUACAACAAGUGCCUGCCUUCUCUACAGGCAUGGCUCACACAGAAGUUAGAGUCGCAAACUCACCCCCAGGUUAUGACUGAGUGGAGCUCCAAUCAGGCUCUGUUAAAUGAGAUGGGGAACUUGCUCAUCGAAGUGACAGAAACUUCCACCAGCCUUGCCCUAGCUGAGCAGCUCAGCAAGGUCAACAUGCAGUGGGCUGAAUGCAUGAAGAGGACAGUGUUUGAGGCAUCAUCUGAGCCCAGUGCUGGUCCUCCAAGUCUUCAGAUGGUGCAAACAUUGGGCCAGGAGGCAAACUGUCUACUGAGACAGCCGCUACAGGUUGCCUCUGUCCCACUCAAGGCAAACAUGCGGAGUUUGCAGUCACUGAGUAAAAAGAUAGUGGAGAUGGACCUGUCUUCUUUCAGUCUGUCUCCAGAUUAUCAAGCAAGCCACAUGGAGACACCCCUGCAAAAUCUGACAGAGGUACAGCAGACACUUGCUAUAGCAGAGAGCACAUGCAGGGAACUGCUACGUGCUGCAUCCAGACUAGAGGGCCGACUGGCUGAAUUGAGCCACUGGACCACUGAGGCACUGGAGUUUUACCAGCACCUGAAGGAGAGAGAGCAAAGGGGACGUGCAGGACUCGAACCAAAAGCUAAGGUGCUGAUCUCUCGAGGCUUGCAGCUGGAGAGUCAGGUUGUGACUGAGGGACAGAAUCUGCAGGGCCUUGUGUCACGAGUACAGAAAACCUCUCCUCUGCACCACCUCAGUACCUCCACCAUGCAGGGUAGGGUCGCAGAGGCACUGUCCCAGUCUCAGGAAAUUGUUGAAAUGCUUAGUUGCUUUGGGUUCCGGCAACAUGUUGGUGAAAUGUCUGACAAUCAGUCUCAGACCCAGACAGAGCCAGGGUCAGGGCCAGGGUCAGGGUCAUUUGUUGUGGCUGCAACCAAGCAUGUAGGCCAGGUUGGGACAGUUGAGCUCCAAGCCCAUGAGUCAACUCAAUUUCCACGCGGAACUCCAGUUCAGACACCUCAUCAAAGUGAAAAAGGGCUCAAGGGAUCGGCAAAAAACUACAGUCAUUCUCAACACAUCAGCACACAAGAAGGAACAACCAUGGCUUUACCCUAUUCUAAAACCCACAUUCAGCCUCAGCCUUUGAUUGAACCAACACUGUCUCAAGUUCAGUCUUCUCUGGCUCAAACUCCAAAAGAAGAUCAUUCUGAGGCCAUGACCCAAACUCCAUCAAGAACCAAUUACCAUGGUCAAGCUCCAAGUUCAAGUCUAAAAGAUAAGCAUCUACCUACUCUGGCCCAAGAUCCAGGACUGCCUUCUCAGCAGAUAACAAAAGCUCAAAGUCUAAUUCUAUCUAAAAGUAGGACAAGCAUUGCCAGAGAGGAAAGGGAGAGCUCGUCUUCUAGACAAACUCCACAGAAGCUCAAAAUAAGGCAGCACCUGGAUGCACAGAGUGGAAAUAACAUGUCUCCACAGCCACCGGUCAUGGUCAGAAGCGAAGUUCAUUCAAAAGCCCAGUCUAUGGCCAGGAGCAGGCUGGAGAAGGCCAAGUUUCGCCUGCAAGAACACAUCCAGAGAGCCAUCACACUGUUCAGUGACAAAGAGAUAUCUGAUCGUCAAGCCAAGAGAAAACAGAGGGCUUUAAAGAUUCUGCGCCCAGCUGUGCUUGAGGAGUUCUUGGGUGCAGUGGAGGGUUUGGGGGCCUUCAGCUCUGAGGCCCAGCUACAGGACCUGAUGUUGCUCUCUGACUCGGUCAGGAAGCAGUGGGAGGAUGUACGCACAGAAAUGACUGCCUUUGUCCCCACUUUAUGGUCUAACAUCAAAGGAGGAAAACAGACAUCUUCUACUAUGGAAUGUGAAAUGCAUGCUAAUACUCUGCAUGAAGCCACUGACCAGACUGACCCUGAGUAUGUGCAGAAACAGCAGGCAUGCCUCUUCACUGAGGGACCCAUAUCUGAUGAGGAUCGCGUUGAAUCCCUACAAGAGCUUUGUGAGACGCUGGCACCAAGGACUUCCCCCAUCCUGGAUACAGAUAGCCUCAAGAACUCAGGAGGAGAGCGGGAAACAGUAUCAAAGCCCAGCAAAACAGCGCUCCCACAGGACAGUGGGGGUCAGCAGCUCAGAGGCGGCACCCUGCUGACAACAACUAGCGUGCCUGCUCACCUGCAGCCAAGCAACAAGCUCACACAGAAACCAAGACAGGAUUCCCAACAACAACACCAUGCACCUCUGGGUAAUGCAGGGCCGCUGCAAACAUCAAACCACUCUCCACAUGGCCUUCCACCACAAGUUCAGAUCUGCCCACCAGAGAGUGAAGACCACCUGCCAUCAGCUAAGGGCCACGCAGUAUGUGGGGAAGACCCUAAGAAAGAUCAAGAACCUCCACUGCAUGCUAAAGAUCACGCACUGAAAGUCCGUUUACUGCACAGUGCACAGAGCCGUCAUCAGGGCCAAGCUCAUUUGCAGGCAAUCGUCAGGGGCGAUAUUGUAGAGAGCAAGCAGGAGGCAGAGUGGACCAUUAUCCCCCCUGAGGCUGCCCCCCCACAGGAACAGUGCUCCUCAGAACAGGAAGUAGUGGAAAGAAUGGCAUCCCUAGAGACGACUGCUGACCUGAUGGAGUCUGCAGAUGGUCAGAUAGCACUGAUCUCAGAGAAACUGAACAAGAUCACCAGCGAGCCUGUGGACAUUUCCUCCUUGGCCUUGGCUGACCCCAGAAUUUCAUCUGAUUUAAAGGAGAUGGAUGACAGACUGCAAUCUGAAAUGAAAACGCUAUCAGGACGAAGCACUGAAAGGGAGAGGGUAGGGGAAGGUCUCGACCCUAUAACCCCUUCAACCUUAUGCCAUGCUCUCCACAACAGUGCCCAUCAUCUCAGCCAGCUUAGGCAGCGGCUGGAGAAGGUUCAGUCAGCUGCCGAGGCCCUGGAGGGCUUCCUGGCCACAGUGAGGGAAGCUGAGGCUCAGAUCCUAGCCAUACUGGCGAGCCAGGAGCCCAACAGGCAGCAAAAUGAGGUGGUCUGGGACCAAGAGAGACAUUCCUGGUGGGCAGGGAUGCAGCAGAGGUUGUGCAGUUUGGAUAAAACAGCGGAGUGUGUGGACAGCCUUAUAGAGGCAGCUGGGAUGACUCUGACCAUGGAUGGUGCAAUAGUGGCAUGCCGAGAUGUGGUGGCAUCAUUGUCCAGGCGCCUUGAAGAGGUGGACAAAGAGGUGACUGCACACAAAAGAGAGGAGAAUAAAGUGGAGCUACAUCUUCUAGAGAGGGAGCUAAAACCUGAAAAAGAGGAGCUGAACGAGAUGUGUCACACAAAGACCUGGGAUGAUUCACCCGGGCAGGCCAAAAUACAAGAGCAAGAACAUCAUACUCCAAAUGGGAUGCAACUGGAGUCAGGGUUGCAACCGAAAAGGAGCAGGUGGAAUGAACCAAAUGAGGACUCCAUGGCACAAAGAGAGGAUGGACAGAUUCAGGAAGAAGUAAAGGCCACGGCCCAGGGAGAAGGAAGCCAAGGAAAGGAGGAUGGAGAGAAGAAGAAGAAGAGCAUGAUCCAGAGGAGAUUUGCUUUGUUGGGGGAGCUGAGGGAGAUAGAGAGAGCAACUGAGCAGCUCGGACUCCAGGAGCCCACCCUGCCUGCUGUGCAGCAGAGGAUGCGUGCUUUAAUAGCGCUGGACAGCCGCCUUGCCGGCAAGCGCUCUGAGGUACGGGACUUAUGUGAUGAAUCUAAACAAUCAGGUGUACCUGCUGCUAGACACGUGACAGAGGUGGAGGAUGUCUGGGAGGAGACUCAGAGAAAAGUAACUGAAAGGUUGGACCAGUGUCGUGCUCUAACAGAGCUGCUGAAGAGGUUUCAGAGCGUUCGGGCUGAGCUGAGUGGUACUUUGCAGAGAGCGGAGUGCGCCAUCAGCGAACAGGCCUCUUAUAUGGGCAGAGACAACAUGCAAAGACUCUAUACUACGGUUCAGGUCACAAAGUCAGAGCUGCAUGGCCUCGGGGAUGGGAUAGAGGAUGUCCGCAGUAUCUGUAGGCAGCUUCAGACACGUUUACGUCAGAUCCCAGAAUGCACCAUCAUCCCGUUCGAGGACGAAGCUGACGCUCUCAUGGACCGCUGGCUAGAUGUAACAGAAAGAACAGACUCUCACCUGGACAACCUGCAGCUUAGCCUUGCACUGUGGGAGGGGGUCCUCCAGCUGGCGGGUGAGGUGGAGAGCUGGACUGUCAGUAAGCUGGAAGCAUUCGCUCAGUCUUCCUCCUUUCAGACCGAGGAAGAAGUCAAGGCCUUGCAGGAUGAGAUCAAGGCGCAAGAGGAGAGUGUGGAGCGAUUCCAGCGUAGAGCUGCUGAGAUCCAGGCACUGCUUAAAAGCACUGACCCCCUUCUUGAGCUGCAGGUGGUGGAGACCCAGAUUAAGAAGAAGAUGGAGCAGGUGAAAGAGCUUUUUUCUGAAGUGGAGGAUGUUUACAGGCAAGCGGUGGCAGCAAAGGGGCAGGUCAGUGCCCGGAUGGCUGAGUGCCACGACUCCCUUCAGAAGAUUCAGGACUCUCUGGUCAAUCUGAGUGGCACGGAUGCGGCAAAUGUCCAUGCACAAAUUCAAGACAUAUGUGGCCAGCUCCAGAGCCAGGAAGAUCAGGCAGCAGCUGUGCUGGAGGACCUGCGCCUCCUGGCCUGCAUAGCCAGCCCAGAGAGCCUGCAGAGUCUGGCUGUGGAUGGGAUUCAGCUGCAGGAGAAACUCACAGCCACUCACCAGCUCCUCUCUCAGGUGGAGGAACAGAUUGGGAGGGAUAUCCAGGCUCUCAACAGGCUGCAAAGGGAGAGUGGGAAUCUGGAACAAUGGUUGCAAGCUGCUGAAGAAAAAGCAGAGAAGGAGGAGGAUCUGAGUCGCCUGCAAAAGGAAGCAUGUCAACAAAGGGAAAGAACAGAGACUGUCAGUCAGCUUGUGUCAUCCUUACAAAGCAGCAGCCUUCAGCAAUCAGUCUUGUCCACUCAGACCUGGAUUUCAGAGCUACAACAACAGGUCGACUCUCCGGUCACCAAAAGCCUCAGCACACAAAGUCCUGUAGAGCAGAGACUGAACAGUGUCCAGGCUGUGGUUAGAGUGAUAGCAGAGGGCGAGUCUCGUGUGGAGGAGCUUCGGCUCACUGGAAGUCGUCUGAGCCACAGACUGACUGACAGAGUCGACAAACAAGAAAUUCAGGAAACUGUUCAGAAAACAGAGGAGCUGUGGAGUGCCCUUCUGAAGUCAGUUCAACCACAUUGUAGUGGACUCCAGGCCGAGCCGGAGCUCACCUCCUCCCUCCUGGCCCAAAGGCAAGAGGCCCACUGCAGAGUUGAGGAGCUGCGGCGCCGAAUUACACAGCUCCCCAGUUUAUUCUCCUGGCCUGGGUUGGCUGAGCGCAGACAGGCCAGCAUCCAGGCACAUGACCUGCGUGAUGAAACUGAAUCUCUGGGGUUAGCUCUUGCUACCUUGGCUGAACAGAGGAGGGAGCUAGCUGAGCGAAUCAAUGACCCCAUCUGGGCUGAUUCCUCCUGGUCUACGCUGGAGAGUUGUCAGUCAUCACUGAUGGCAGAGCUGAAUGCAGCAUUUUCACACCUUGAAAAAGGUGUGUGUGAAGAAGAACGUUGUGGCCAGUUACUGCAGCACUGUUCCCGUAUCUUGACGUCGCUGCAGGAAAGGAUGUCUACAUUUCAAGCUGAGAGAGAAAGCACAGCUGAACUGAUCACUGAUGCACCCGCUCUGGAGGCUUUGCUAAAAGAGGUAACAGACACAGAGAGGGACUUCUCAGAUCUCAUAGCACUCAAGGACUCCAUCUCAUCAAGUUCCACAGCUGAGGCCCAAGCCAGCCUUUCUCAGCAAGUCAGUAGCCUCCAAAACCACAAGGGGGCACUAGAGAGUUGCAUCAGAAAAAAACUGGCACAGCUUGAAGGGGAAAGGACCCAAAGAGUUCAACAAGUGAGGGAAGAGACCUCCUGUUUACAGGCAGCACUGAGAGGCCUGGCUGAGCGUUUGGGAAAUCUGUCUGCGGAUGAUGAUGUGUUAACUGACAUCAAUCAGCUUAAACAACAUUGGCAUAAACUACAGGACUGUGAUACCAGUUUGACAGAGUUUACGGUGAGAGUUAAUGAACUGCAAAACAUACAAGAGUCAAAGACCACACAAGAAAAUCUUCCUGCAGAUUUGAUUUUGACUGCUGAUGCACUCGCCAAAGAACUUGACAGCCUCAGGUCCAGUUUUAAACAAAAGAAGCAGGAGUGUGCAGACAGUGUUGCCAGCGGUGUCCGAGAGCUCAUCAGUCAGCUGCAGCAAUGGAGCCAGACAGCACAAGCUGUACCAGCACAGCCAAGCCAGGCAACCCUGAAAGAGGUUUUGCAGCUUCAUCAAGCUCUUCAAGGUGCACUCUCACAACAAGACUUUCUUCUGAACUGCCUGGGGAAAAAACUCACAAAGAAACUGGUGAAAAGUGCCUCAAAUGUCCUUAAGAAAAGCACACCUUCACUUGAAUACCUGCUGAGCCAAGAAAAUAGAGAAGUGGAAUUGGGCCAUAAAGAAGAGCAGGACAAAGAUAGUGACGAAUCUUUUAGAAGCAAAACACUCUGUUCAAUAUCUGAUGCAACUAUGGCCAUGUAUAGUCGUGAGUCUCCUCAUCAUUCUUCCACAAGCUCCAGGCAAAAUACUGAAAGAGACCAGACUGACAGCAAAAGUCUGACCAAAAGGACUUACUAUGCUUCAGAUGAGAUUCAUCCUUGCACUGAACCUGUCAAGGAAACAUCAGGAAAAUCAGGAGUGGAAGGCGAUGCUGGCCUUAUGCAAGCACCCAAGGAGUAUUCCUUUACCCAAAAUCAACACCCAGGCACUGAAAUCCCUGGCACUUUUACAUCAAAACCCCAUGAGGAUAACCUAACUUCAAGUCCACCAAAAGUAGCCACCGCUGAUUUGAACAUUGAUCACACCCAGCACUUUUAUGGCACAUCAGAUUUAGAUAGUCUCCAAAUCAGGUUGAAAAAUGAUGGUGGUAGCAGUAACACUGAUAACACCCCAGCUACACUCGCCAGUGGACACAGUCAGGCCUUACAGUCACUUCCUGGAAGCAAUACAGAUUCUUUAAUGCCAGAUUCCUUAUUUCCUUUUAACAGCAGUUUAAAAGCUCAGCAAGAGAGCAGUGGGCCAUUACAGAAAAUCACUACUCUCAUCCUGGAUCCAAAAUUGCCAGCAGAUGGCUCUGAAAACCCCCAGAAAAUCAAUUGUGUACAAUGUGUUACAUCACCACUGGAGUACCAUGAGACCGUUAGUGGUGUGAAGCCGGAGCUGAGAGAGCCAUCAUUCUGUGUACCUGCCUCCAAAGAUGUGUCUGGAAACCUAGAAACACAACCUACAGAGAGAUCACAGUGUGAGUCAGGCAGUCAAGAGCCAAAGACAAUUAAGUUAAUAGCUGGGGCUGAAGAAAAAGAGAAAUGUUUUGAAGACAGCACUGAGAGCCCAAAGAAAAUGCACACAAUUGUGUUGGACAUGGAGUUGCCUCACCCUCAGCCGCAGGGCAUAAAGCAAAGGGAAGACAUUGGAGUCAUUUGCCCAGGUGUACUGAGCUCAGAAGUGGCAGGCUUUUGUGAUGCACACUACCAAAAAACAGAAGUUUCAAGUGCAGGCCUUCCUCAGAAAAAAUCCAUGAUGCGCAUUGAGUCAAAAAGCAAAGAAAGGACAAAUAGUGCAUUAAACUGUCCUGAAUCAGAUGACACAGAGCAGUUUGAAUUGGCAGAUUCAUUGUCAGAAAACAGCUUGGCCUUAGAGAGUGUAGAAGUGAAGGAAUUAAAAUGUGCAGGUGCCAAACUACAGUGUAAAGACGUGAAAAGCCCAAACUCCAAAAGUCCUGAAUUCACAGAUAGUAAAGUACUGGAUUCACCCAACUCAUGCAGCUCUGUUACUGAAGCUGAACUCACUGGCACAGCUCUUUUGGAAACGGUACAGAUGGCAACAUAUCCUGGCAUCACGCAAGAGGAGAUGACAGAUGAGCUGGCAGACAACUCAGUCCCAUGCACUGUGGAUGGCCCAGUGCAACCACCAAAGGCACACACUUUAACCCAAACACAACUCCCUGCCACUGACAGCACUGACAGUCGGCACUUGAUGGCUACUGACACUGUACACACAGAGACCACAGGCACAGGAUUCAAAGGGAUGAAAACAAAAGAAAAUAAAGAAAAAAUGCCUUAUGCUGAAUGCACAGAGACCAAAGAUCCAAAUUUGUCAGGAAUUCUACAAGACAGAGCUGCACAUCAGAAAGCAGAAAGUGAACAGUUAUCUGCGUUGGUCAUUGCUGCAGAGGGGCCAUGGGGACAGAUGCAAGAAGACAUGGAGCCUGAGAAAGGGGCAUUGGGGUUGCCACUCAAUUUUGGGGCUGAGCAAAGGAAAGGUGGAUCUCCAGAGUCACCCAAACACCGUUCCACCAUGCAGGAGAUUUUGUCUGAAAUACAGAGCUUGGUGGAAAGAAGUGAUGUUAUCAAUAGGACAAAAGACAUGGAUUCAACUCGGUGUAUGGAGUCGUCUCCCAGCGAACCAGAGAUUCGGUUGGUGCGAACUGUUCUAAAAGUUCUGGCAUGUCGGUAUCAGCCAGCUCAGCUCAAUAUCACAGCCAUGGCCAAACAACUGGAGGAGGCAGAGGACUACAGACGUUGUGUGCUUGAGCAAGUUGCUACAAUGAACAGUAUGAGUGCUGCCAAAAUGUGUGACCCAGACGCCCUGAAAACUGUGGAAGGACGAUGGAGUGCUGCACUGCUGGAUGCCUCUGCCACAGUACAGGUCAAAGCAGCACAGCUGGACCAGGUCAAACUGUAUCACAGACAAAUGAAGGCUACCAGAGCAUUACUGGAGGUUCUAGCUGCUGAGAAAGAGAAAACAAGUUUAAACAUUUUGAGGAGCAGUGUCCUUCAAGCUGAAAGUCUCAGUGUUCUUCUACGAACCUUGGAGCAGAAGACAGGCAUGAUGGAAGAGCUGCUCAGGUUGAGUAGCCAACUGUCGGUCCACUUGAGUGAGGCUGAAAGUUCAGGUGCUCUUCUUGCCCAACUUGGGGAUGUCCAGGAAGAAUGGAGGCUUUUAGAGGGGAGUAUCAAAAGAGCUCUGAAACACGCUUCAAACUCAUCCUCUCAGUAUUCCCGGCUUAUAAAAGAGGCUGAGCAACUUCAGGCCAAGCUUGAAAGUCUUCAGAAAUCCAGCACGUUCAUGCAGCCGUCUCAAACAAUCCAUGACAGCAAAAGUACUUUAGAAUUUGCUUGCAUGACCACAGACCUAAAACUGUAUAACCAGCAAUAUCUGCACUUACAGUCACAGUCAGAUGCUCUUGGCCACUUCUCUUUAGGAAGGAAAGAGAAGGACGAGGUUGAGCGUGUUCUUCGAAAGUUGAGGUCCUUGCUCAAUGUCACCAAGAAUCAGCUUGACACUUCUUCAACCAGUAUUGGCGGCACUUCUUCAGCAAAGAUCAACAAGCACUUAAAAGACUUGGUGAUUUGGGCCAAGCAGGCAGAGAACCACAUGACAUUUGGAAAAACGUUAGCCCUUUUCCCUGAGGAAGCUCGUAUCCAAAUUGUUGAGAUGAAGAAACUUCAAACUGAUAUUUUGACUAGAAGGUCCAAUAUGCAAGUAGAAGUUGAAGAAAUAAAAGCAUUGGCCUCUAACAUGGAAAAAGAGGAAAGUGACCAAGUGGCAAUGUCACUUAAGUAUAUUGAAGGCCUUUAUGCAGCCAUUGCUGGCAGCUCAGCUCAUGCUCUGGAUAUCAUGGAGAAAAACCUGCAGGAGAGAGAGAAGCUGCUUCAUCAGCUCACUGACAUGGAUGCCUGGCUAGCAGAAGCACAUGUUAACAGAGCCCCCUAUGCCCAUGUUGACAACAUUUCAAAAGCCAACAUUGUGAAUCUGGAGAGCAAGCUUAGAAUCCACAAACUAGCUACUGAAGAGAUAGAGAACCAGAAAGCUGUAGUAGACAACCUGGCUGAGAAUAGUAAGGAAAUAGCAGUAGGGCUAAGUCCAGCAGAAAGCCGCUACCUAGUCAACAGACUCUCAGGCCUUUGGACAGAAUUAGAUGGAUUGCUGGCUCAUGAAAGAGCAGCCAGCUGGGAAUUAGAGGAACUAAUUCAUGAGCGGACUGCUUCAGAUGUGGAGUUCUCUAACAUCCAGGCUAGCUUGAAGCAGAUAUCUAGUGACCUGGAGCAGCAAACAUUCCCUUUUACAAAGGACACCCUUUCAACUAUUGAAACCUUGAAACACAUGCUAAUGGAACAUCAGUGUCAAAUACAAGAGCUUCAACACUGCCAGGAGUCCAAGCGAAGCUCACUGUUGUGUAUUGCUGGUGAGCUGCAAGACAGGUCUAAAUCUCUUAGUAUGCGUGCCAUGGAGCAAGACAAGUAUUUGCACCUCAAGAAACAAAUGGAGGACUCUAGGGACAUUGCCGAAGGGCAAAUCCAGCGCUACAAAGAUGAAACACUCAGUGUGGGUGAGAGGUUCAAACUAUGCCAGACACUGUUGGUUGAACUUCCUUUGGUGAAGACACAGUGUCAAGAAGCUGCUGACCAGCUGGAGGCCAUAGGUCAAGACUUACACCCAUCACAGCUUAAUUCAGAGAGGCUGAAGAUUCGACAGAUUGUUGAAACUUUGGUCUCUUGGGAACAUGCUGUCACGGACGAUAUCAAAAAUCUGGAGGUCAAGCUUCUGGAAGGGUUACACUUUCACACUGAGCUUCCUGCACUAAUAGAGUUUUUCCAAAGAACAAGGCUGGAGCUUGAGCAAGCAGAACCAGUGGAUCCAGAUGAAAAGGCCAUAGAUAUUAAACUACAGAGGUGUUGGGUUAUUUGGAGAAACCUGGAGUCUGGUAUGCGUGUAUUAGACAUUUUGGGGCAGAAAGAAAAAAUUAACCCGAGGACCCAUGGGGAACUGUACUCCCUCAAAGAUGCAACCAUGCAGGUGUGCCAUUCACACAUGGAGAGUUUGUCUCAGGCUCGAGAAUCCUUGAAGGAUUACCACUGGGCUGCUCAAGGAGCCAUAGGCUUCCUUCACAAUGCUGAAGCCACUUUCUUGUCAGCUCCUGGAGGGUUUUUGGACUGUACUGAGGAGCAAAGUCAGACGCAGCAGGCUCUAGCUGCCCUAGAAGAUGUUCUCCAGGCUCAUGUCAGCCACCUUGUGGAGCUGGUGCCCCAGCAACUAUGUCUCUCUCGCCCAAAGACUGAACAGCUCCACAUAGGCAUCUUGAGUCAACUGUUGGUGGGAAGAGCCACACUGGAGGCCCAGGCCCAGCUCAGGCUAGAUGCCCUGCAGAGGUGUGCAAAAAGAGAACACAGCCACAGGACGUAUCAUGAAGACAUGCGGAAACUUCUGUCCAGAUUUGAGGCCAGGCUGUCAGAGUGUGCUGCAGAACAUGUGACUUCACAUGAAAAGUGUAUUGAGCAACAAAAAAGAGCUAAGUUGCUGAUGGAGGAUAUCCAUGGCCUUGCUGGGAAGAUAGAAGACCUGAGAGCUGGAUGUCCAAUGCAGGGCUGUGGGGUUGGCAAGAACGGAGAGCUGAGUGCCCUCUGGAGGCGCUGGGUAUCAUUACGACGUGGUGUUGGCCUCCUGAUGGCACACUCAGAGCAGAGAGAAGAGGAAUGGAAGGACAUCACUGCCAGUAUUAAGCAGUGUUGGAGUUCUUUGGCCAGUCUUCAGGCUGAGAUGUCUGAUUCCUCCACUGUGAGCUCCAGCCAGGGAGAACCGCAGGAGCUCCUGGCCCAGGCUGAGAUCCAUCAGGCUGAGCUGGAGCAGGAGCAGCAGUCCUUGGCCUCUCUGGAGCAUCGUCUGGAACAUGCCCUGAGUUUAUCCAGUCCUCAGGACACCGACAGAGCUGGGCCUGUGGGCCAAAGACUGGUGAAGAUUCAAGAGAACCUCAGGAGCUUAAAAGAGAAGAACCUGGAGGUUUUAUCGUCAGCCCUGGCAGAAGAACAAGAGAGACAGCAAGUCCAGGAGGAGAUAAGAGAUGUGGAGCAAUGUGUGUUAGCCAUGCUUCCUGCUCUGGAGUCCUGUUCGAAUCCACGCAGACAACAGGAGCUCAGAAAGGGCUUGUUUUCCCAUAAGGCCAAGCUGCAGUGCAUCAUGGACAGCAUGCAGAGCAGGUAUGCCGAGGUUCCAGCUGAUAUCAGCAGACAGAUACAGGAAGUUCAGCUAUCCCUACAGAAUGCAGAGGAGAAGAUGCUGGAGAGGAGUGACCCAGUCCGUAAGCUCACUAGGAAAGUUGUGGAACUACACUCUGGGCUGGAGGGAGUGAAGACAUUACUGAACCAAAGAAGUCCCACGAUCGCUGAGGCGCAAAACACUCUCAAGCAUGUGUGGGAUGAGCUGGAUGCAUGGCACAGCCACUUGACACUCCUGGAGAGUGAAGCACAGGAUCUUGCAGAGGAGCAGCCCGAUCAAGCCCACCUCCUCAUGGAUGAGCUCAUUGAGCCACUACAGCUCUACCAGGAUGCAGCAAGGGAGGCCGAGCAGCGCACGGCCUUUCUCAGCAAGAUUCCAGCAUCGCUUCAAGAGUUUGAGGAUAUGCUUCGUGGCGCCACCUGCUGGUUAGAGGAAGCCCAGUCUUGGCUCCGCACUCCCUGUUCAUACACAACAGCCAGAAGCCUGCAGAGUCACGCAAACUCACUGCAGCUGGUAAUAGAUGACUCCAAGCGGAUCAGGGCCACCCUGGAGGGCUUCAGGCCACUGCUGGCUGAGAUCUCAGCUGUGUGUGACAUCAGCGCCCAGGAGGAGAUGCUGGCCCAGACUGACAGCCAAGUCCAAAUCAUGCAACACAACAUUGCAGGGCCUCUGGAGCAGCUUCUGCAGGCGGCUGCAGUGGUUGAUGCCAUUGAAACAGAACUGAAGACUAUGGAGAAAAAUUUAACAAAGAUUAGAACAAUUUUAUCCUCUGUGGACUCCAGCAUCACUCUGGUGGAGCAUCUCCAUAACCGGCAGGUGAUCUUGGCCAAUCUGAAGUCGAUGUGGAGGACACUGGAGGAGAUGGAGAGGUGUAAAGGAGAGCUGGGCCUCCCACAGGGGACAGAGGAGAGCCUGCUCGUCUUCCUCAGAGCCAGUCUGCUGCUCCAGACGCUCCAGGAGCUGGAACAGCUCACCCAACAACAGGCUGCACUGCUGGAGAGCAAGAUUAGUGAGGAGGAGGAAACUGAGGGAACAGUCCCCAGAGAUCUCAGCAUAACCACAGCAGAAGCCUUUCAUCUACCUGAGGACACAGUGCACUCUGCCCAGCAGGAGGCUUUUCAAGCGUGUAAUUCAGAGGAAGAGGAGGAGGAGGAAGAAGAGAGUCCUCUCUCGUCGUCCUCUGACACACUAACAUGCAGUAUUCCAGAGGACCCAGAGGACACACUCCUAGACCAAGACCUUGUGGCGACAAAUGCUUCAACUGUGGAAAGUGACAGUGUUCCUGAAAUUAAUCUGCUCUCAGAAGUCCAGGCCCCGGAGACUUUGGCCAGUCAAUUUUUGCCCAAGGCAGAGAUAAGAGCAGUAACUGCAGCAACGCGGCCAGUAUUUGUGAAGACGGUGCUGACUAUCAAGGAAUCUGGACCAGAGAAUGUGGGGACUGGAUCAGUAACAAUGGAAUCUAGACUUCCCUCUAAGGCUGAAGUUUAUGAAGCAUCUUGUCCUGGAACCAUGACAACUGACCUGUUACCCACUGUGGCCAUUCUGGCAGCUGAAGACCAGCGCACCUUUGCCCCUGCCACAGACCAGCAUGGGACCCCAAAACGCGAAAUCCUUGUCACUGACACAGAUAACAGCAAAACACUCUUCCAUCAGCCCGUGGCUGCAGUUGAAGACACAAGGUUCAUUCCUGCAAGACCUACCACCCCAUUCACACCAGCCAGACAAUCAGGGGACAAGGAAGAACAUUUGUCUGUGUCCAAAGCCCCUCACCAACAUCUGGAGACUCUUUUGGAGUGGAAAGAGCAGAGUGGCGUCAGCAUCAGUCCUUGUGGCAUGGUGGAGGAAUCCCAGCAGACUCAGGAGUCCUUGGAGAUGCAGAUCAGGUUCCCUACAUUGGCUGGCAAUGAAGAGGAAGAGCAAAGAUGGAGUUGGCUCUACAGUCAAAUUUCUCAAAAAUUCACCACCCUCAAAAAGGUUCAGGAGGAACAUUCAGCACUGGGCAACUCAGGGCUUGAGGAAAAGGUCCCAGGAAGGGAGGUAGAGACAACUGGUUCUGCUGCUGCUGUUCUUCAGGAAGCACAGGAAUGCACUGCCCUGCUAAGACGACUCAGACAAAGAAAAGCUGCAGAGAUCAGCUCUGCAGGAGUCUCUCGUCUUGGUGCAGAAACAGAGCUGCACAAGGCUCUGCGCAGAGUCCUGCUCUGUCUGGACACUCUGACUGACCUGCUGUUGACCCCUGCGGGAGCUGCGGACGACAACCACCUGAAGCUGCUGCAGCAGGAGUGUGUAUCAGCUGAGUUGGUCCUCCUGGCUGAGGCGUUGAACGGUGUCGAGUCAGAGACCAGGCCUACACUUGGAACAGAGGAAUCAGAGGCUCUUGGCUGUAUCACCUGCCUUCAGGGUUGUCUACGUAAGGCCCAGCUGGUCCUCACCUCAUCCCAGAAUCAGCUCCGUGCACACCUCGGCCUCCCACAUCAACAUCAGGAGCUCCCCUUUAACCAGCUGUGUGUUUUGGACAUAUUUCAACUUGGACAGAGAGAGUCAUUCCACAGCCUAAAGGAUGUUCCCAGUUUAGAGAAUGUGCUGACAGAACAUGUGAAAGAGUCCCCAGAGGAGAAAGCCAAGCUGCAGCAGGUUUCUCGCGUCUUGCUUCAGGGCAUAACUCGCCUCCUGGAACUGGGUGAAGAAUGUGUAAUAUUAAGACCAACCAGCCAGAGCCAACUUCAGCCUCUCCUCUGCAGACACAAGAACUUGUUCCAGGUCCUUGGGUCCCAGGUGGCUUUUGUACAGCAUCUAUUCGCGCGAGAGCCAGAAACACUUAAAAGUCAGGAGGAUGAUUGGGUCCAGCUGGAGGUCAAGGUCAAAGCACUGCAGCAACAGGCUCUGGAGCAAGAGGUGGCUUCUCAGAGGAGGCUUCAGGAGUGGAGCCGCUGGGGGGAAAAUUGUGGUCGACUGGGCAGGCUGCUAGAUGAGCUUGAAGCCAUCAGCAGCAACAGUGAGGCAGAGGGGAGACAUGACGACGAGGUUCAAAUACAAGCCCGACUAGAUGCCUGCCAGCAAGUGCUGGUCCAGCUGGAUCAGUGCAGAGCUGCUUUAGGUUCAGUCCAAGACCAAGGGAAGGUGCUGCAGACAGGGCCAGAGAUCAGUACCUCGGGUGGCCAGGCAGGUGGCACUCUGGAGCUGCGAUGGCAGAGCAUCUACAGGCGGACAGAGCAAGAGAUUCAGCGAUGCCAAGAUAUCCAAGACAGCCGGGCCAGACUCCUUACAGACUUUGCCGCAAUCAGUGAAUGGUUGGUCGAUGCCAACAAACACCUGGAAACAUGGUCAAGCCUGACUGACACCACUGACCUGAGCCAGGAGCAUGUUCACAGACAUCUUACACAGCUGCUGGACUUCACAAUGCAGGUGGAGGCCACGUCAGUCCAGAGAGCGUCUGUGUCCCUUUUGGGCACGCGGCUACUACAUCUGAGGGAAAUUGACUGCCCGGCACUGCAGGGUCAGCUGGCCCAGCUUGAGAGCAGCUGGAGCCAGUUUACUUCUGAUGUGGCUAAGGCUCAGGACCGGCUGCAGCAGUUGUUGCUGGCUGGAUGGCCACCACUGGAGCUGCUGUCCGGACUAGAGGACAAGGCGAAGGAGCUGGAGGCCCGACUGAGUCAAGUAAAAGAAACUGUCCUCAAGGCCAAAGAUGCUGCCCAGAUCACUGAAACCCUCCAGCACCACCAGGAGCUGAAGGCAGGCUUGGUCAGUGGGCAGCUGCUUCUCGACUUCCUGGGUCAGUCUGGGCCUCGGGUAGCAGGAGCAGACAUUCAGGCCCUCUCUUCACAGCGUACAAUUUUUGCUGAGCGACUUGGCGCCCUUAACCUGAGUUGGCUGCACCUCCAGGGGGCGCUGGGGAGCCAGAUGCGCAGGGCUGAAGAGAUGCAUCACACUUGUGCAGACAGAGAGAGGCGGCUGCGACGUCUUCACAGCUGGAUAGCACAGCAGAUAGAAAAGCUGAAGGAGUGGCAAAACCCUGUCAGCCAAACUCUGGCUCACAAGGCUCUGCUGGAGUGGCAGGCCAUUGAGCACAGAGUGAAGGAGGUGACUGCAGCGUUGCAGGAGCUGAGAGCCAUACGUGUGCAGAUUGACAAGGACGAAAAGGAGGAGGACCAUCCCAGUGACAUUGCCUUUAUUGGGCAAAUUGACAGUGUCAGUCAAGCUUGUGCAGCUCUUCAUCAGCAGAUGGAUACUCUGAGACCAGCUCUCCAACAAACGGUGGAGGAAUGGAGAUGUUUUGAGAGAGCACUGACGGAGGUUUCAGUUCACACCACUAGGGUGCGCUGUGCCCUGCAGCAUCAGAAAACUCCUCUGCUUUCACUGAAGCAGGCGCAGAGCUACAUGGACCUACUCCAGCAAAACCAGGAGAAGGCUGAAAGUGGAGUGGAACGUUGGGAAGCCGUGGAAAAAUCCUAUCAGGGUCUGAGGAAGACUGUUCAUCAUGGAACGGCCCAGAUGUUGGCUGGGCAAGUGGAAGGAGAGCACAAACGGUGGAAGGAGGUUGUGCAGGACAUGAAGGAGGAGCUCCUGAGGACUGAGCAGGUGCUUUCCCUCUGGCAGAAGUACAUCCAAGUCUCUGAUCACUGCUACCUUCGCCUGCAACACCUACAACAGCAGUGGGAGGCGCUGUCGAGCUGCCUACCUACACCACAACAGGACUUACAGGCUGUGCUGUCCUCGGUUGGGAAAUUGCAGGAGGAUACUGAGGACCUGCAAAGCAGUGUGGGAGAUGUACUGUCCACUUCCAAGCCUCUAAUUGCAUGUCUAGAACCAUUAGCCGCCAACUUAAUCCAAUCAGAGACCAGACUGCUGUCACGUGAUGUUCUGCUGCUGAGUCAGACAUUGUCAAGGAAACAUUCACAUCUUCAGGAGGAUUUAGAGCAGCAAAAACUGUUCUGCACUAGUCUGAAGUCACUUGAAAACCAGACACAGAGCAUAUUGGAAAAGCUGAAAGCCCGUGUGAAUGACAUGGACCAUGUGAAGCAGAUUCAUUUGGAGCUCAGUGAUCUGCUCCCAUCACUUAUUGACAUCAGUGAGAUGAGCUGCCAUGUGACCCACUGUAACCAGGAAGCUGAGCGACUGCAGGCGCUCUGCAGGCAAUGGACAGCAGGCCUGAGUUGCACAUCGGAUAUGAACAGAGAGAUGCAGGCUGAGAUUCAGCGUUCCCAGAACUUUCAGCAGAAGUGUGAGAACCUGGUGUCUGUUCAGGAAAAGCUGGAGCAAGAUUUGAUGGCCAAAAAAGCUGAAAGUUACUCGAGCCUUCAAGAGAUGCUGACUGUCCAUCGGAAGCUUCAGCCUGAAAUAAUGGUUGGGCACCAUCUCCUGCAGGGUCUCCUCCAUGAUGCAGUGGAGUGCCUGGAAAACAAAACAGAAGAGAAAAGAUCUGAACUCAUGGGUACAGUGGGCCGUGUGAGAGAAAGCUGGCUCAAGUCUGUUGCUCUAGCUGGCCAGUGCAAGGCACUAGCAGAGGAACACCUGGACCUGUGGAGGAUCUACAAACACGGCAUGAAGCUCCUGUGGAAGCUGCUGAGGGACGUUGACCCUCUGCUGCCCCCUGCCUCCCAAGCUCCAUGCACACUGCAGCAGCUACAAAGCUACAUGGACAAUUGUCGGCGUGUUGAAGAGACCCUGGAUCUGCACUCUGCCACGUACAACCAGACAGUGGAGGCUGGCAGGCAGCUGUGCACAUUUAUGACAGAAUCGCAGUGCCAGAGCCGACUGCAGGCAGAGCUCCAGGCCAUAGAGGAGGCAUGGGAAGAAUCCACCACACUGCUGCGGAAAAGACGGACCUUACUAAGCACUAUCACUCAGAAGUGGUCUCAGUGUCAGGAUGGGAUAACCAACAGAAUACACCACCUGGAUGAACUGCAGAGCUGGCUGAAGCGACCGCUGCCUGACAGACUAGAGCAAUCACAGGAAGAGACAGCCAUUCAGGAGAAGGAGGUCUCUCUGGAGUGUUUGGCCAGUGGACUAAGGGAGAUGGCCACCAUGAAGAUGGACUUGUCCCAGUAUGUAGCAGCGGGGGAUUCGGCUCUGCUGGAGCAGCAGCUGGAGCAACUCCACUGCCAAUGGGAAGAGCUCUGCAUGAAGGUGUCCUUACGCAGGCAGGAAAUCGCUGACCGCCUCAAUGCCUGGACCAUCUUCAAUGACAAGAACAAGGAGCUGUGUGAUUGGCUGGCUCAGAUGGAAAACAAGGUGUGCCAUAGCGGAGAUCUUAGCAUCGAGGAGAUGGUGGAGAAGCUGAAGAAGGACUGCAUGGAAGAAAUCAACUUGUUCAGUGAGAAUAAAAGCCACUUGAAGCAGCUAGGAGAGCAACUACUGUUAGCCAGUGACCAGGCCAAGCAGACUCAGGUCCACGGUUCGCUGCAGGAGGUCAGCCAGCGCUGGCACAACCUCUUCCAACACAUCGAAGCCAGGGUGAAGAAGCUGAAGGAGACCCUGGUGACGGUGCAGCAGCUAGAUAAGAACAUGAGCAAUCUGCGCUCAUGGCUCUCCCGCAUGGAGGCCGAGCUCUCCAGACCCAUCACCUACAGCGUCUGUCACCACCAGGAGAUCCAGAGGAGGUUGGCUGAGCAGCAGGAGCUGCAGAGGGACAUUGAGCAGCAUACGGAGGGCGUGGCGUCUGUGCUCAGCCUGUGCGAUGUUCUGCUGCGGGACGAAGAUGCUGCGGGCGGGACCGAGGCCGAGAGCGACUCCCUGCAGGAAACCAGCCGCAGCCUGGACCAGCGCUGGAGGACCAUCUGUGCCAUGGCUCUGGACAGGAGGCUCAGGAUUGAGGAGACUUGGAGACUAUGGUGCAAGUUCCUCGAUGACUACUCACGGUUUGAGGAUUGGCUCAAGAUGGCCGAGCGUACCGCUGCCAACCCCAACUCUGCAGAUGUCCUUUACACUGUUGCCAAGGAGGAGCUCAAGAAAUUUGAGGGAUUCCAGAGGCAGGUUCAUGAGCGGCUGACCCAGCUGGAACUGGUCAAUAACCAGUACCGCCGUCUGGCCAGGGAGAACCGCACUGAUCGUGCCAGCCAGCUCAAAGCCAUGGUCCAUGAAGGCAACCGCCGCUGGGACACCCUGCACCGCAGAGUGGCAGCCAUCCUGCGUAGACUCAAGUAUUUUACUGGCCAGAGGGAGGACUUUGAAGGCACCAGGGAGAGCAUGGUGGUGUGGCUGACAGAGCUGGACCUGCAGCUCACCAACGUCGAACACUUUUCAGAAAGUGAUGUUCACCACAAGAUACAGCAGCUCAAUAGCUUUCAGGAGAUGAUCACCGUGAACACGGAGCGCAUCGACGGGCUCAUAGUGUUUGGGGAGGGUCUGAUCCAGAAGAGCUCACCACAGGACGCUGCGCUGAUAGAAGAGGAGCUGGAGGAGCUCCACUCGUACUGCCAGGAGGUCUUCAGCAGACUCGUCCGCUUCCACCAGCGCCUCAGCCAACCACCAACGAUCAAGGAAGAACCGGAGCUGUCUGGCGCCAGCGUGUCCUUGGAGGAAAGCUUGGAGCUGAUUUGCCGGCCGUGGCUGGGACGGAGUCCUGGAAGCCUGCCUGCCACACCCACCCACCUGCUGGCCUCUCCCCUGGAGCGCUCAGGGCGGGAGACGCCGGUGAGCGUGGACUCCCUGCCGCUGGAGUGGGACCACACUGGGGAUGUGGGAGGUUCAUCAUCACAUGAGGAUGAGGAGGAGGAAGAGGAGCAUGAAGAAGAGGGAACUUACUUCAGUGCACUGUCAGUUUCCAGCAGGUCCAUGGCCACUCAUGAGUCUCCAAGAUGGCGAUCAGCAGGAGACCCAGAAAGCGAACCGCUCCAGCUAGACACAGAAAUCCCCACGGAGGCCCUGCCCACCCUCACCAGCACCCCUCUGAAGCAGGGCUAUUUGCGUCUCAUGUCUCAGUGCAGCGGCAGCAUUGAGAACAUCAAAAGAGUGUCACUGAUCCUGGAUGAGGAGGAGCAGCAGGAGGAGCUCGGUCUGACAGGACUGACAGCCACAGACAAACAGUCAGGGGUGAUUGAGCGGUGGGAGCUCCUCCAGGCUCAGUCCAGGAGUGGACAGCAGGCUGGCCCUCGGGAGCCUCAGCAGCUCACGUCAGACCUCAGCGACAUCACUUCCUGGCUGGAACAUGUGGUCCCAGAACUAGAGCGCCUCCAGCAGUGUGACCAAGCAGUCAGCAUUGAGGACAUGUCAACUAGAGCCAAACAGCUCAAGGAGAUGCAGAAGAUGUUUGCUCGCUACAAGUCGGUCAUGCUGUCAGUCAAUCUGGGUGCUCAGGAAGCCCCAGAACUUCAAGAGAGCCUGAGCAAUAUGAACCACGGCUGGAGCCGAGCAAGUACCAGCCUCCAGGAGUGUGAGAACAGCCUGAGGAAAACACUUAUGCGCUGCCAGGAGUUCCAUGAGACACUGCACUCUCUGCUGCUGUGGCUGGCUCAUGCCGAGAGCAGACGCUACGCCGUGGACAUCAGCCACCCAGACACCCCGGUCAGAGCGCUGCGCCAGCACCGCAACACACUCACUGGCCUUGAGGAGGAGCUGCAGGGCAGGCAGGCUCAGCUGGCCUCCCUGCAGGCUCUGUGGUCUCAGCUGCAGCCUGAGGAAGGGUCGGAGGAGAGCGGCGAGGCCCAGGAGAAGCUCCACGUGACGGGAAACAAACUGAAGCUGCUGUUGAGGCAGGUCGGCCAGGACCUCGGCACCCUGCAACAACGCCUGGCUGGUGAAUCUGCGUCUUCAGCUUCCUCUGAAGGAGCCGAUCAAGGCCAGAGUGCCUCUUUGUAUUCCUCUCAGGGGGGAGCACGCUCACAGACAAGCCCUGGCACUAAAAGGGAGAACAGGGAGCCAUCCCCGCCCCGCUCCUUUUUCUACAGGGUCCUCCGUGCUGCCUUCCCUCUUCACCUCCUGCUGCUCCUCCUCCUUCUGCUCCCCUGCUUGAUCCCCAUGUCAGAGAGCGACCCCAGCUGCACCGUGACCAACAACUUCGCUCGAUCCUUCUACCCCAUGUUACGCUAUACCAACGGCCCACCGCCCACCUGACCUUACGCACUUGAAAAAACAUUUGCAUAUUUAUAAUGCACACAACGAAACACAUACAUAUUUCCCCCAACUAAUACACAUGCUAUUGACAUACAGGAAAAAUCAGAUAAUAUCAAUUUUCUUUUGUCCAGAGCUCCUCUAUCCAUUGUCUGCAAAAAAAAAAAAAAAAUUAUUACUGUGCAAAAUUUAAUUCAGUGUCUAUUUUCAAAGAUUUCUUUUUUGCCACAGUCCUAAUCAUGUUUGUUUUCAAGAUAAAUGUAUCAUUGACAUUUCAUUUUCUCAAGCACAAGCCAGAAGUGCACAUUUGAACUAUUUUUUAUAUCAAAAUCAGUUUGAAAAAGUGUAUUUUUCACAAUAUUAGCCGGAGGUUAAUGCCAGCCAACAUGCUGCUUGUAAUAAGAUGGAAGCCCUGAAAGGAUACAAGUAUAAAGAAACGGUAGUUUUAUACACAAACCUGUACAUGUAUAUUUUGUAAGACACACUGUGUCAUGAGUAGAUCAUGAACAAACAUUUCCAUGUUUCCCAGUGCACUGUUGACAAAACACUUUAGUUUUUAGGAAGAUGGGUUUUAUGUACAAAAUGUAAUAUUAUAAUGCUUAUUUAUAAAAAUCAAACAGUGUAUUUAUGUCCCUUAUUUUCUGGCAAUAAACACUGUUUGUCUU